ACAUCAUCCAUCCGGGGGGUUUUCCAGAUAGCACUACAUCUAUUUAAAUAAUCAUAUCUUGCUCAUCCACCAUGCGCUUGGGAACUCUCUCAUUGCUCGCUCUGGGGGCGACUACGACUAGCGCUUUUCGUGACACUUCUCCCUUUUUCCUAGCUUCGACCUCCGAAAAUCUCUCUACCUCCGCACAGCUCAAGACUGCCUCCUCGCUGUUGGAAGACCUUUCUUCAAAACUUUCUGGCUGUCCUUCCGACUACUAUGUUAUCGCUUCCCAACCUGGUGUUCACAGCAACGACUUCUCUACCCUCAAGUCCGCACCCCGUCUCGGCGCGAAAUUGACUGGAAAAGACCGUACCAUCCGGUCGAAGACAAUUGUGAACGAGGUUGUGGGAGUCUUGGAAGCAAGAAAGGUGCAGGAAUUGAUUGAAGCGGAGUGCGGAGCUCAAUCUACCAUCAUCGACGCCUCCGCUGGCACUUAUUCCCCCGACUUUGGCGCUGUGCCCCGUGUCAUUCGCCUUGACUUUCCAGUCCUUCCCCAGGGAUCUGAGCGCCGCCACCAGCUUUCCGAUAAUGAUGGCCUUCUCUCUGAUAUCGUUGGACGACUACCGGAAUCGAAGAAAUACACUGUCCUUUACAUCACUUCGCCCAGGGAAGCCGUGAACUCCGAUGCCGGUGUUUACCAAGCUGAAGAUGCUUCCUACCAAGACCCUGUCCACAUGGACCUGAAGCGGGACUUCUCAGCACAUGGUCUAGGGGAUGAUGUUCCCUCGAACAAGACUCUUUUCCGCGAAUACCACUAUUUCACACCAGGUAUCAUCAUGGGCCUGCUCGCUUCCCUCUUCUGUCUUCUCAUCUUGUAUGUUGGUCUCAGUGCUCUUUUGAGCCUCGAGGUUCCUUACGCUGCGUUUGAGAAGGACACCGCCGCUAGUGUGCAGAAGAAGCAGCAAUGAUUUGUUUGAUUCCUGGAGAAAGCCCAUCGUAAACUAUGUUCAGCUUCCUUGUUCUGUUUGUUCAUCUCAAAUAUUGCCAAAUUCACUGCCUAUCUUUAUGCUGGAGUUUCCUCCUUUUUUUUUCCCCCUUUGCGAAAUUUCAUGACGCUAUAUGAAAUGUGAUGUACGCUAUGUUCGAGUGCAUGCGCCUGGAUCUGGUUGUUAUCGAUAAUGGCCACGUGAUUGGAUGGAAUGCGGGCAUUUGGAGGCCGGAUUACGGUUACUAGUUAUUUUAUUGACACUUGAUGAGAUGUCUUG